GCGGCCCGCCGUGUUUGGUUCCGGCGGGGCUGAGGGGCCCGCGGCCAUGGGGGUCCCCAAGUUCUACCGGUGGAUCUCGGAGCGCUACCCCUGCCUCAGCCAGGUGCUGAAGGAGCACCAGAUUCCAGAAUUUGACAACUUGUACCUGGACAUGAAUGGCAUUAUCCAUCAGUGUUCACACCCGAACGAUGAUGAUGUCCACUUCAGGAUCUCCGAAGAUAAGAUUUUUGCCAACAUCUUCCACUAUUUGGAAGUGUUGUUUCGCAUUAUUAAGCCCAGGAAGGUUUUCUUCAUGGCAGUUGAUGGAGUAGCUCCAAGAGCAAAGAUGAAUCAGCAGCGUGGGAGACGUUUUAGAUCAGCAAAAGAGGCAGAGGAGAAAAUAAAAAAGGCAUUAGAAAAGGGGGAAACUCUCCCUACAGAAGCCAGAUUUGACUCCAACUGUAUUACACCAGGAACUGAAUUCAUGGCCAGAUUGAAUGAGCAUCUUAAAUAUUUUGUAAAUAUGAAGAUUUCCACAGACAAAUCCUGGCAAGGAAUAACAGUCUACUUGUCGGGCCAUGAGACCCCAGGGGAAGGGGAGCAUAAAAUUAUGGAGUUCAUCAGAUCAGAAAAAGCAAAGCCUCACCACGAUCCCAACACGAGACACUGUCUCUAUGGCUUGGAUGCUGAUUUGAUAAUGCUGGGAUUAACAACUCACGAGGCUCACUUUGCACUCCUAAGAGAAGAAGUCAGAUUUGGUGGUAAAAAGGCUCAAAGAGCGUGUGCGCCAGAGGAAACCACAUUUCAUUUGCUGCACUUAUCACUGAUGAGAGAAUAUAUUGAUUAUGAAUUUUCCCCAGUAAAAGACAAGAUUUCCUUUGAAUAUGAUAUUGAAAGGAUAAUAGAUGAUUGGAUCUUAAUGGGUUUCCUUGUAGGAAAUGAUUUCAUUCCUCAUCUACCUCAUUUACACAUAAAUCAUGAUGCACUGCCGCUCCUUUACAGAACAUACAUGGCUAUCCUGCCAGAACUGGGAGGUUACAUCAAUGAAAAUGGGCACCUGAAUUUAGAACGUUUUGAGAAAUAUCUCACGAGAUUGUCAGAUUUUGAUCGUGAACACUUCAGUGAAGUCUUUGUAGACCUGAAAUGGUUUGAAAGCAAAGUGGGCAAUAAAUACCUCAACGAGGCAGCUGGUAUUUCAGCAGAGGAAGCCAGGAAAAAUAAACAAAAGAAACAAAAGGCUCAGGAAAAUUCUAUAUCUUUGGCUGCUUUAGAAAAAAACGAAGAUGAAGUGACCCCUAAAACUGUGUUGGAAGAUGAACCAGAAGAUGAUGAUCUGUUUGAAACUGAGUUUAGGCAAUACAAGAGAACUUACUACAUGACUAAAAUGGGGGUAGAAGUAGUUUCUGAUGACUUCUUGGCUGAUCAAGCUGAAUGUUAUGUCCAGGCAAUCCAGUGGAUUUUGCAUUAUUACUACCAUGGAGUUCAGUCAUGGAGCUGGUUUUACCCCUACCAUUACGCCCCGUACCUGUCAGAUAUUCGCAACAUCAGGGACCUCAAGAUCCACUUUGAACUGGGGAAACCUUUCAUGCCAUUUGAACAGCUGCUGGCUGUGCUUCCAGCAGCUAGCAAAGAUCUGCUGCCUAAAUGCUACCAGCAUUUGAUGACUAGUCAAGACUCUCCUAUUAUAGAAUAUUAUCCACCUGAUUUUAAAACUGACCUAAAUGGAAAACAGCAGGAAUGGGAAGCUGUAGUGUUAAUCCCAUUUAUUGAUGAGAAACGGCUGCUGCAGGCCAUGGAGUCCUGUAACAAGGGCCUGAAAGAGGAGGAGAAACAAAGGAACACUCACAGUCCUUGCCUGAUGUACUGGUAUGAGAAAGAGGCUGAGUUUCAGUACCUGUCCCCGUGGCCUGAGAAAUUCCCUGCCAUAGAACGAUGUCAUACAAGGUAUAAAACAAUACCUUUGGAUGCUUGGCACGUAGAAAUAACCCACAAUAAGAUAACUAAAAUCAACAAGAGUGCAUUAUAUUUUUGUGGAUUUCCUACCUUAAAGCACAUUAAGCACAAGUUCUAUCUUAAAAAAAGCGGUGUGCAGGUGUUUCAGCAAAGCAGCCACGGAGAGAACAUGAUGUUAGAAAUCAUAGCUGAUGAGAACUCCAAAGAUCAGCUGGUAGAAAACGUUGCCAGUUCGAUACUUGGAAAGCGAGUUUUUGUGAACUGGCCCCACCUUGAAGAAGCCAGAGUUGUGGCAGUGUCAGAUGGAGAAACCAAGUUUCACUUGGAAGAACCACAUGGCACACAGAGGCUUUACAUGGGAAAUGCAGUGCCCCCAACCAAAGUGGCUUAUGUUGGAGAUAAGGAACAAAGCCUGUGGGUAAAAGAAGUUCAAGGCAUUUCAGAGCACUACCAGAGAAGAAAAGGAAUAAUUAUCCAUGAAACCUCAGUAGUUGUGUAUGCUCAGUUACUCACUGGGAACAGGUAUCAGCUGAACCAAAAUGGAGAGGUUUAUCUGGAGAAGCAGUGGUCCAAGCAAGUUCUUCCUUUUGUUUACCAAACAGUUGUCAAGGAUAUCAAGGCCUUUGACUCCCGCUUUUCCAACAUCAGAACUCUGGAUGAUUUGUUCCCUCCUGGAAGCACAGCCUUCAUGCUGGGAUCCCCUUACUACGGCUGCAUGGGAGAAGUUCAGGAUUCCCAUGAUGUCAUCCGAGAAGGCAGAAUUCGGGUGGUUUUUAACAUUCCCUGUGAGCCCCAGCUCGAUCCUUUGAUACAGAACCAGCAUAAAUAUUCUGUGAAAUACAAUCCUGCCUAUAUUUUGGCCAGCCGCCUUGGAGUAAGUGGAUAUCUUGUCUCCAGAUUUACAGGGAGUAUCUUUAUUGGAAGAGGAUCGAAGAAAAACCCUCAUGGAGAUCACAAAGCAAAUGUGGGGCUGAACCUGAAGUUCAAUAAGAAAAAUGAAGAAGUUCCUGGCUACACCAAGAAGGUUGGGAAUGAGUGGAUGUACUCCUCUGCAGUGGAACAACUGCUUGCUGAGUAUUUAGAAAGGGUGCCUGAACUAUUUAAUUAUGUAGCCAAGAACAGCCAAGAAGAUAUCUGCUAUGAAGAUGACAUUUGGCCUGGAGAGGAUGAGAAUGGAGCUGAGAAAGUGCAAGAAAUUGUUGCCUGGUUGAAGGCACAUCCUGUGUCUGCUUUGUCUCGCUCAUCCUGUGACUUGCAAAUUUUGGAUGCAGCCAUAGUGGAGAAAAUUGAAGAAGAAAUAGAGAAAUGCAAGCAAAGAAAGAGCAACAAGAAGGUGCGAGUGACGGUGAAACCCCACCUGCUGUACAGGCCACUGGAGCAGCAGAAGGGGGUUGUUCCAGACCGGGAUGCAGAGUACAGGCUGUUUGACCGCGUUGUCAACGUCAGGGAAAACUUCUCUGUGCCAGUUGGCCUUCGAGGCACCAUUAUAGGAAUUAAAGGAGCUACCAGAGAAACAGAUGUGCUCUUUGAAGUUUUGUUUGAUGAAGAAUUCCUUGGAGGCCUCACUAUAAGGUGCUCCCCUGCCCGAGGUUAUCGCCUGCCCUCAAGUGCCUUAAUUAACCUGUCCCACGGCAGCCGCUCCGAAAUGGGCAAUCAGAAGCUGAUGGCCAUAGUGAAACCUCAGCCAGCAGUGACCAACUACAACUCACAUGCACCUGAUCUGUCAUCUGCGUGCUCGCACAAAGUGCAGCUGGGAGGCCUCAACCAUUCUCCUCGCUCCCUCUUCGUUCCUACUCAGCAACUGAAUGGAAGACAGCAUUACAAUCUCAGGGCUGAAAAUCAGGGCAACUCGCCCCAGAAAGGAUUAUUUCUGAGUGGCAAUCAGAAAAAUAAAGCACAGAGUAAGGCAGAUGAUGAAUUCUGCAGCAUAUGGCAGUCACUGCAGAGCUCGGGGAAGUCUCAGCACGUUCAGCAAAACAUUCAUGAGAAGAGUGCAGUUCUACCUCAGGAAAUCAAGCUGGCAACUGGCCAUCAGUUUUAUAAGCCAGGAUUCAACGAGAGCAGCUUUAAAUGUCAGCAAAGAAAGCAGGAGCCAUAUAAAAAAUUUAAAGAAGAUUCCAAAGUUACAAGAGGUGAAAAUCAACCACAUAAUAAAAUAUCAAACCAACAGAAUUUUGCAGGUGUGAAUAAGCACAAUGUCAAGCUUCUGAAAAGGAAUGAAAGUCCCAACAUGCCUGUGAUUCAGAAGGCUGCAGUUGAUGGUCCCUGUACAGGUGCAAAGAAGGACAAUGAACUGGAAAGCCUUCUAGCUUCGCUGAAAAUUUCCAAAGAAAAUGAAGUGCAGACUUGUUCUAAGGAAGCCAGAGCUACAAAUGAAGAGCAUCUGUCACCACAGUCAUUUGCUAUGAAAGGAACACGGAUGCUCAAAGAGAUUUUGAAGAUAGAUGGCUCUGAUCUGGACACGAGGAAUGAAGUGAAAGCCCAGGUUACUGAUGGCCCUGCUCCCUCCUGCAGACAGGAUUGCCACGGAGCUGCUGUGCAAUACAGACCAACAAAAAAAAUGGCUGCUUAUAUGAACAAGCCUUAUAGCCCUGGAGGCCCUCAGAACACACCAGCAAUAGAAACUGGAGGCCACCCUUUCUCUUGCCCACAGCCUGCACUCUCCACCGUUUCGGAACUGUCUCGAAUUUGUUCACUUCUUGGAAUGUCACAACCAGAUUUCUCUUUCCUAAAAACACCACAGACCAUGACAGUUUGCCACGUGAAGCUGUCGAAUGGUUUGCUGGUGCACGGGCCUCAGUGUCACUCCGAGGCUGAAGCCAAGGAGAAAGCCGCCUUUUUUGCUCUACAGCGUUUGAGCUCUAUAGGAGUAAACUUUGCUUCCCCUCCACCGGUGUUUCCAAAUUAUCAGCCUCUUGGAGUUCCUGUUCCACCUGGAUCAAUCCCUCCAGUGUUUGCACAACCCCCUGCUAAUAUGAUGCCUCCUCCAUCAUCUCAUAUGUUUGGUCCAGUGUCCUGGGGAACUCCAGUGCCUAAGCAUUACUAUCCUGGCUCCUACCCAGGAAAUGUGUCUCUUGCAGGAACUAUUCCAGUUGGUUCCCACAACCAGUUUAUACCUCUGCAGGGGACACAGUGACACCAAGGGCACAAGGGCAGUCUGAGCACACAUGCUUGGCCAAAAGAGUUCAAACUCAGGUGCAGGAGCACCCCUGGCUAUUGAGACUGUACCUGAGAAAUGUUUUGGAGAAUUGAUCUCAUGAGGUAAGCAGUUGUUGUUUAUUAACAAAAGAAUCCAACAGCAGUUCCUUAUUGCUGCCACUUUUUGAUGGGCUCCUUACUCUUUUUUUUUUUUUUUUGAAUUCACAAAUUUUCUGUUUUAUUUUUGCUUUGAAAGGCAGAAAACAAGAAGGACUUGCAAUGCCAGCAAGUGCAAACAGUAAACCUGAUUCUAUUAUUUGACAGCACAGAGAACAUUUUCCAUUAAGACUUAUUUUUUUCUGGUAGAACUUGGUCAGUGGCAUCACUGCAUUGGCAGUGUUUUAUGGGAGUCGAUGGUCACACCUAGUCCUGUAUUUUCUGUAAGUGAACAAAAGACAAAGGCUGGCAAAAAAAAAAAAACCAACAAAACCAAAGUGUAAUUUCUGUGCAAGUAACAAUAAAAUUCAAAGUCAUCAAAUGUAGCAUGUUGAGGGUACACAGCAAAGCAAAAAGUGUGAUUCCAAUGCAACUAAGUGUGGUGCAUUUAUGAGUAACUUAGCAUAUUUUAGAUUUAGUGCCACUUUGGGAUAGGAGGUGAAAAUUACUGUUAGUUCCUGAUGUUUCUUCCAGUGCCUAUUUCUUUCAAACAGCUGAAAUGUUUUGUCAGUCAUCAAAACUGAAGUCAGCAGGUAAAUGGAGGGCAGUGUAGGCUGCUGGAACCUGGGAAUUUACUGAGAUGCUGCCUUCUACAUUUUCCUCAGUUUAAUUUUUUUCCUUUUCGUUCCCUUUGCUUUCUUUUCUAAUG